GCGAGAGGGCGCUCGCGCAGACCGCUGAGCGCAACAGACGAGAGCACAACGGAACAACGCAGCGUUCAUUCAUACAUCCACACACACGCACGCACAUGGACCAACAGUAGCACGCGCCGCUCCUGGACUCAACACAGCAGAGCGGACGAGAGAGAGACAGAGAGAGAGAGAGAGAGAGAGAGAGAGAGCGCUAGAGAAGGAAACACCUCUUAGAGCAAAUGCUGACUCCUGAUAGAACCGUUCCCCACAGACAGAGACGCGACCCGAGAGAAGCGCACUGGAGACGGCAUCAGGAGAGCAGGAGCCGCGCCAGCAGCUGGAGCCAGAGGGGACGCCCGGACCUCCAGAGCCAGAGGGAGCAGAGGCCGGCAGUCUGGAGCCCUCUGCCCAGAACGGGCGCUCCGAGAUGGGCUGCUCGUCCGGGUGCCUGCCCUGCCAGCCCCCUCCUCCGCCCGCCGCGGAGCAGCCCCUCGCCCGACUCUCCUCCGUGUGCGACGCCGAGUGCGGACCGCCGCAGGACGACGCGGACGGCACCGACGUCUCCGGCGGCGGUUCCGCCAAGGCCGACCUCCCGCCGGGCCCGGGUCCGGAACCCCGGCUGCCCAAGAGCCCGGAGAACUACACGCUGGAGCGGCUGGCGCAGGCCACGGGCGGCGCCGAGAAGUCCUGGUACCGCUGCCUGUUCUCCUUCGGCUUCAUCUCGCUGGUGAUCGGCCUGGCGGGCACCUCCGUCACCUUCACCUUCGACACCAUGCCCCAGAUCAAGGUGAUGUCCAUGCUCAUGCUCGUCACCGGCGCGCUCAUGCUGCUCGGCGCCGCCAUCUGCUGGCGGGUGAGACGCGCGCGGCGGCGAGCCAAGAAGGAGGCGGGGUUCUUCAGCGCCGAGCAGGGGACGCUUUAGAGGAGCGGACCGAUGACCGGGGGGGGACGAUUUAGAGGAGCGGACUGAUGACCAGGGGGGACGAUUUAGAGGAGCGGACUGAUGACCAGGGGGACGAUUUAGAGGAGCGGACCGAUGACCGGGGGACAUAAUGGAGGAGUUGUGAGUAGGGGUCCACUUUAGCAGAGUGGAGCAGGCGGGGGACGUUUUAGAGGAGUGGACGGGGAGGGGGACACUUUAGUAGAAUGGACACCAGAGCAGAGGGAAGCUGCAGGAGGAACUAAUGACAGCUUAGAGGAAUGAGCUACUUCAACUUAGAGAUAAGACUGUUUACUCUGAAGGAAAUGAAUUUGGCUCAGUGGCACACACACACCCACACACACACACACACACACACACACUCACUCACUCACACAAAGAAAAUUAAUCCGGCAACACACACCCAAACACACAUACGGAGACACACACACACACACAGAGAAACCUAGUAAACCUAUUAUGCCUUUAAAUACACAGAAACACACAGCGCACAGACAUCACCACUACAAAACAACAACAAUCAUCUGACACGGAGGAAUCUGGGACAGAGGUAUCAGGAGGGUUGAGCUGCCUCUUUUUCCUGUUUUCAAAAAAGAAUCAGCAUGGUUAUUAUUUAUUUUCCUGAAAUACCCUGCGUAUGUGUGGAGACAUCUCCAAGGGAGGAGAGCGCUUCAGAGGGAUUACUUCACGUCCAUGGUGAGGUGUCACCUGUUUUCUUCAGACAGACUGAGUGAAGAGUUUCCAGUCCGCUGCCCGGUGGACAUAUGGCUGGCCACUGGCAUCCAAAGCCAAUGUGCUUACUGUGUGUGUGUGUGUUUGCAUGUGUGUGUGUGUGUGUGUGUGUGUGAGAGAGAGAGAGAGAGAGAGAGAGAGUGUGUGUAUGUGUGUGUGUGUGUGUGUGUCAGGCAUACAGAACAGAGCGUACUCGGUGACAGGUAUUUCUGAGCAUAUCUCUUCAUCCUGCCUCCAGCUGAAUAUAGGCUGCCAGGAAGAGAGGGAGAGAAUGUUGAGGAGGAGAGACAGAGAGAAGGAGAGAGAGAUAAGGAGAGAGAGAGAGAGAGUGGUGAAUGAGAGUCGGAGAAAGAGAGAGGGAACGAGACAAUGAGAGACAGAGAGGGAGAGAGGCAGAAAGAGGGGAGACACCAUUAUGCCGUCACUCACAGCGCAUCUCAUUAAUUUAUUUUUGAGGACUCCCUCUAUCACUCUCUCUCUCUCUCUCUCUCUCUCUCUCUCCCUCCCUCCCUUUCUCUCUCCCUCCCUCUCUCUCUCUCUCUGCUGUCUGGCUGUAGUAGUGGUGAGUCCCUGGCGGUUGUGCUGCUUGGUUGGGAAUAAAGGGGAUUACAGCGCGGUGUUGUGCGACUCCUCCUUAUCCAGUGACCCAUUUCUCCACGCUGCCGCUGCUGCUCGCAUCCUCCCUGCCGUGCCAUGUGGGUGUGCGUGGGUGCGUUUCUGUGCGCGGGGGUGUGUGCAUGUGUGCAACUAAAUGUUUGUGUGUGUGUGUGUGUGUGUGUGUGUGUGUGUGUGUGUGUGCAUUUCUGUGUGGAAAAAAAAAUCUGUAUUUUUAUAUGUGUGAGAGAGAGGUAAUUUGUGUGUGUUUGCGCGUGCGUGCGUCUACAAGUGUGUGCCUAUCCAUGAGUAUGUGUAUAUAUGUGUAUAUGUUUAUGUAUGUAUGUGCGUGUGUGAGCAUGUGUGUGUGUGUGUGUGCAUGUGUAAGUGAGCGUGGAAAUGUCAUCACACAAGUGGCCCUGAGGGUCAGUGUGCCUGGAGAGCAGAGAUGAGAGAGGGGGAUCAAUAGACCCUCACAGUGAUCCAGCGCCACCUGCCCCCAACUGCAGCAUGUGCAGGGGCAUCAAAGCCGGAGCUGAUGGGCGCAAAAGCCCCUCUGUGGAGCGCUCUGAGCCCAAAGGUCAGUGCUCUCAUCUGGGCAGCGGAGGGCCGGUCAGGGUGGAGGAGAGGGUCAAAGGGAGCCGAUGGGAAGAGAUGGAGGAUGGACGAAGUUGUUCAUUCCUUACUUACAAUCUCUCUCUCUCCCCCUCUCUUUCUUCAUUACUCUCUUUCUCUCUCCCCCUCUCUCUCUCUUUCUGUCAGGAUAUUUCUAUAUCUGCACACCAGUCUCCUCGUUCCUUUUGUCUGUUCUUCUCCAUGUGUGCUCUUUUUGCCAUCUCUCCCUUCCCCCUCCCCAAUGAGGGCUUUUUAAAUACCAUCGGCCAUCAAAGGCAGCCCACCACGGGCAGAAGCUCCCUGUUGGGAGUUGGGAUAUUUUCUCCCUUUUCCUUUAUUGUACUGUUCUCUCCAUUCUUCCUCUCUUUUUCUUCCUCACCGGGGCUCACUCCCACACCCACCCACACACACACACACACACAC